GAAGAUGAGGAAAUCGUCCAGAAAGCUUUUAAUAGAACUUUUCAAGAUCCAAGUAAUCUUUCGGAAAGGUUUAUACAAUUUAUUGACAAGUGUCUAGAUGAAUACAAUACGAUUGGUAGUUAUUAUUAUGCGCCAUAUACAACCUUAAUUCAAGCCAGUGGUGUAGGAAAAUCCAAAUUAUUGAUAAAUGUUGCUGAAAAGAUAAU